AUGUCUACACUAAGCUCCCACGAGCACAAGAUUCAAGCAAUGUCUGGAGAUCAACGUGCCGACAAGGAGCCUGCUAUUCACUCAGUACCGACCACAGACACUAAUAUUGGUCGUGUUUCAACGCAUAAGAAGCCAUUCACAGUAUUGUCUGCCUUAUCCCUAGGCUUCAACAUCACCAACACCGGUAUAUCGAUGGUGCUUGUGAUUAGCAACACCGUCUUCGGCGCAGGACCCUUGUUCUUCUAUUCCACGCUCCUGAUCGCCGCGGUCACUUUCUGUGUUGCCGUCACACUCGGCGAGCUCGUCUCUGCCUAUCCUCACGCCGGUGGCCAAUACUUCUGGGCUGCACAGCUGUCUCCGGAGAGGUAUCGUCGAUUCUUCUCUUACAUGACGGCCAUCUUGUCUUGGGCAGCCGUCAUCUGUAUCUGCGCGUCGAGCGCACAAGCAUCAGCGAAUAUUACCUUCCAAAUGGUUCUCUUGAGCCGGCCGGAUUUCGGAUACCAGAGAUGGAUGGGCUUCUUGGCUAUGGAAGGUUACAACAUCCUGGCUGCCUCUCUCACAGUCUACGAGUAUGUGCUUCCGAAGCUGUCCAAGGGCUUCUUGAUGUUUGUCAUUGUCGUCACGUCGGCGCUAUUUAUCGCCCUAUUAGCACCGUCAAGUCCCAAGCAGUCUGCGGCUGUGGUCUUUGGAGCUCGUGAGUACUUCAAUCUAUCAGGAUGGCCCAAUGGCGUUGCCUUCCUGAUCGGCAUGAACGGUGUCAACUGGGGCUUCUCCUGUCUCGAUGCGGCAACCCACCUAGCCGAGGAGAUUCAGCACCCUCGCAAGAACAUCCCCAUUGCUUUGCUGUGCGUCACGGGGAUGGGGCUUCUGGUUGGGAUAAUGAUGUCCCUUGCCAUCUACUUCGCGGCAUUUGAUCUCCAAGGGACUACCGACAUCAUUGCACUUCUCAACGCUGUCUUCAACAACAAUCCUACCUGCGCUUACGUGCUUGGUAUAUCCAUGCUCUUCUGUCUUGUCAAUGCGCUGGCCAGCGCGCACGCAUGGCAGGCGCGCAUUACCUGGUCUCUAAGUCGCGACCAGGGCACCCCGUUCCACUCCUACAUGAGCAGACUGGCGCCCGACCCCUUUUUAACUCCCCUGUGGGCGACUCUCUGGGGAGUCUGUUGGGUCGGUCUUUGCGGUUUCCUCUACCUUGGAUCUCUGACGGCUUUCAACGCCUUCGUCUCUGGAGGUGUCCUCCUUCAGUACAUUACUUAUGCCACACCAGCAGCGCUACUACUUCUCCAUGGUCGCAAAAAUCUCAUUCGUGGGCCUUUUUUCUGGCCAAAAUUCGGGCCCGUGGCGAACGUGAUUGUCAUCCUAUGGACCCUAUUGACACUUAUUAUAUACAGCUUCCCCUAUUUCUUGCCCAUUGCCGCAGAUACCAUGAACUACGUCUCGGUCAUGGUGGUAUUUGCAAUUCUUUAUGCUAUAACGUUCUGGAUCGCGUAUGGACGCAAGCACUACAGAUUGUUAGAUAUUCAACUGGCUUCUGAUUGA